AUGCUGACCUGCCGCAUUGUGCGGGCGUCGCCCAUCCGAGCGACUGCCCUUCCGAUGGCCGCGCGACGACUCCCUUUCAUCCAGCAACGAACCUUCCUCCCCCAGUCCAUGGUUGGCAAGAGCAAGAUCGAUGAGAAGUACCCCGACUCGGACUAUCCGACGCUCACGGAUGCGGAGGACCCGGACAUGAACGGUGGCUACAUCAACCCCCCUCGUAUCAAGCGUCAAUUCCGUGAUCCUCACGCCGACUGGUGGGAUAAGCAAGAGCGGAGGAACUUUGGCGAGCCGGUUCACGAGGAUCACGAUAUUCUCGGCAUGUUCUCGCCUUGGGAGUACACAUGGAUUGGUACGGGCAAAGGCCUGUUCCAGAUCGGCGUCUUCGUGGCGGUCUUCCUUAGUGUGUGCUACGGGGUCAAGUUGACGUAUCCGGACCGGGUCAGCUACCCACGCGAGUUUGAGGGCGGGCUGGAGAGGGAGCUAGGCGGACCUGGUGCCGUGAGGGUAAGUCAGGCUUUCACCAAGACGGGCGAACUCGAACGGCUGAGGUUCCCGCACUUUCGCCGCGAACUGCUGUACCAAAACCACUGGAGACCAGGCGACGAUAUCGGCCGCAUCAAGCUUGUUAUAAGCGAAGGAUUUCCUCGAGACUCGCUCUCAGCCCCGAUUGAGCGAGUUAAAAACGUCGUGGCGUUCUCGUUCCAGCAUGCUCCGUUAGAAAUACUCGAGAGCAAUGCCAUCGCCUGGCCAAACCAAUCCAUGUGGCAAUGUUCAGGACUUAACCCGGUGAUGCCCGUACCCACGUAUCAGUUAGAGGACGGGCCGAGCUCGCAUGCGCAUUCCCCUGGCAGGAAUUCGCUCCCGCUAAGGAAUCUUAAGAAUCCCGGGCUCCCAGCGCAAAUUACGGUCAACAACGUUUUCCAGAAUCAGACAGGGACUGAUUUUCUCGGCAACCCGCCCUUUCAGAUGCCAUAUCUCGGAUCUAGCACUACGGGAUCUGCCAAUACACCCUCAUAUCCC